AUGGAAAAAGAAAGCACAGACUUGUUGGAGAAACAGAACUACUAUACUACUACAACUACUCUGCAGCAUCAAGUGGAGUUCCUGGCCCAGCAAGUAGACGCCCUGGAGAUGCGGUCACGACGAAAGAUACUCCUUUUCCAUGGCGUGGCUGAGGCUAGUGGAGAGGAUACAUCGGCACGGGUUGUCGAGUUGCUGAAGGAACAUCUGCAGUGUGAGCUGGCUAUAGAGGACAUCGCUCGGAGUCAUCGCAUGGGUCGGCCUAGAAGUAACCAAAUAAGAUGCAUAUUGGUCAAGUUUCGCGACUUGUCCGAUCGCAACAACAUCUGGUUUGGCAAAACCAAAUUGAAGGGCUCCGGUGUGGUAAUGUCGGAGUUCUUAACAGCGCCUCGACAUGAACUCUUUAUGGCGGCUAGGGAGCGUUUCGGAGUCCGAAGCUGCUUUACGCGAGACGGCAGCAUCUACGUUUUGGGUAAAGAUGGUAAACGCAGCUGCGUGUUUGGUCGUGCAGAUUUCGACCGUGUACAGGUCGCGGCGUCGGCGGAACCGGCGGAGCCGGCUCCCAAGGCAAGUGAUGUAGGUGCCCCAGGUCAAGCUGCUGCGACUACUGCGAGUCAACGAGCCGGAAAAGCGAAACGGCAAGCCGCUAUAAAGCCUCGAGCCUAAUUACUGUAUCAUGUUUCUUUCUUGCAACCCUUGUUAUGUCAGUAUUUUUUUAGUUCAUUUUAAUGCUCUUUUUCUUGACUGUGUUGUUUUGCUGUGUAUUUCUACCUUCUUUUAGUUUGCUAUUUCUGUACUGACAUUAUUGUAUACUUAGUUUAGCCGGAUAACACUACUUGUUGUAACUUUUUGACAAUUACAUGACAUGAUGACAGCUGACGUUUUAUGCAAU